UUUAUUGCAGAAAUGAUUGACAUACUAUUAGCUAUGGAAUGGAUAAAUGAUGUCAGACCUGACAGAGUAAUAAUAUUCUCUUCUAUUAUGGCAAUUGAACCAGAGGUAUCUAAAACUAGACAGGAUAUAGUAUGGGAAAUCAGACAUUGUAUAACGAGUUGUUUUAUAAAGGAAUAAGUGUGAGUUUUUUUUUUUUUUAUUCCAGAACAUAUCGGAAUAAGAGGAAAUGAAAGAGCAGAUUUAAUGGCAAAAAUGCAACACAACAGGAUCCAACAGACAUGAACAUUUCAUUGGGUAGGACAGAGGUAGACAGUAUUGUCAAGAGGAAGGUUUCGAUAAAAUGGCAAGAACAGUGGAAUAGUGGUGAAAAAGGGAGGCAUUGUUUUAACAUUUGCCCAUUGAUCGAUAAGAAGGUACACAAGAGAGGAAAUAAUCUGGAGUAGAAUUAGAAUAGGACAUUGCACCAUUAAUAAAUUCCUUAAUAUUAUAGGCAAGCAUAACAGUGGAUAUUGUGACCAAUGCAAGACAACAGAAUCCAAACUAUAUUCCUCAGAGAAGAAAGAUGAUGGGGAAAUUGAGACAGGAAGGAAUGACAAGUACUAGACUUUUUAAAACAUUACCACAGAACAUAUAGCACAAAACACAAUAAUUAAGCACAUAAUGGAUGCAGGUUGAUACAUCUCCACAGAAUUAAAACAAAUAUUUGUGUUGUUUUGUGACCAGUACAGUAGUUGGUAGCAGUCACAUCACCGAUUCGAGCAGCCGCCCUUUCAUUAAAGAAGAUCAAAAAAAACUUCCGGUAGCAACAGGAAGUACGACUGUCCUAACGGUAAAUAAACCCGGAGUGACAGGUUUGCAUCGCGGGUUAAGGGUUACUGUGCUGUGUUUAGAAUGGGCGCUGAUUUGGGAAUAUUCUGCUCCAAAAUCCAAUUCUAAUCUGGACUGGAAUCUAGUUUUGGACGCUGCACCCUGGUCGUGUUCCCUGAUUUAGUGAAUCGGUCCACAAGAGAUCGGCUCGGUUCGGUUCGAAAUUAAACCCAGGGUUCGAAAUUUGCAAGGCUUGAGAAGAGGCAGGCACCGUCCGAAUUGAGUGUCUGAAUCUGGAGAAGGAGAUCAUGGCUCUCAGUCUGUCUCAGGCUGCCGUGUCACAGUGCUUCUCCCUGGUCUCUCUCUGCACCUCUAUCGCCGACCCCAACUGGGUCGAAGUCUCCAACAUAACCAGCGGGCACGAGGCUGGCUCACAGAUCUUUGGAGUGGCUUACACCCUGCACCUGUCCCGAAAUGUCUCUGACAGAGACCCGCUGGGGGCACUGCAGAAGACUGGGGUUCACCUCCUCAUCCUCCUGGCCGCUCUCUGCUACUCUGGAAUCCUCCUCUCCAGCGGGGCUUUUCUCUUCGACUUCCUGGGGGGCAACAAGAAGUGGCCGGGGAUGGUCUGCAUGCUGCACGUCACCACAGCUGUGCUGUGCGUGUGUGUGGUGUUCCUGAGUGGAGCCGUGUUCAGAGUGAUCUCCAACAACCUGGAGCAGAAGGACAAUCUGCGCAUCGUGUUUGGGGAGAGUUUCUACAUAGCUGUGCUCUCCCUGCUCUUCUCCUUCCUGGGGUCUUACUGGAGCCUUAGCCAGCUGUACCAGCAGCGCAAGCAGAGGGGGGGCUACCUGGUCAUCGAGGAUCCCAGCUAGGACAGCGACACCACUGCCCUGCUUCGGGAUGGAGGCGAGGUUGACUUCUCAGACUGGGACAACUGACUGAAGCAGUGCCUCCACUGUCUGAUGUGUGGCAGAGCUCCAGUUGGCUGGCUCUUCAUGUGAGGAGUUACACUACCUCUUUCAAACCACUGUCGCAUUAAUCUGCACAAGACUGUCUGAUGUGUCGCAGAGUUCCAGUGGACUGGCUCUCUGUGUGAGGAGUUACACUGCCUCUUUCAAACCACUGUCACAAUAAUCUGCACAAGAGUGUAGGAUGUGGAGGAUAGGGACAGGAGGCUUUGCCUUGUUCUGAACAGACCGCUUCUUCUAGAAGGUAUUUGGUCGUCAGCAUACAAAAAGUGAUGUUUUGUAUAGCCCUUAUAGAGUAAGCAGCGGGGUUCCGAAACGUAUAGCGUUACACGUCCCCACGUGAUGUUACAACUGUUUAAAUAACGCACAUGUCAUUUCUUUUCAUUGUUAACACCUUUUUGCACUUAUAACUUUAAAGUUGGUUUCAAAGCCCCUUUCAAAAUGCUUGCUUAGUUCACUGAUAGUGUAAGGAUUAUUACCCACAUUGUCAAACAGGUAACAACACAAUAACAAUCCAUGAUGUGGUCGGA